AUGCCUAUUCUCCGUUUACAAUCAAAGGUAAAAUCAUGGAGUCCUCUAACGCCGCUCAGGAAUAUUCGCAUACGCAGUCGGUUUGAUGAACGGUAUUGGUGGCCGCAAGCGUUGGAAAUGAUGAGCUUCUCCCCGUUCAUGUUGUGCUCACCGCACCGACGAAUGGUUUUCGUAUUGGAAGGCAUUCUCACAGCGGUCAUUUCGCUGAUCGCCUACCUCCUCGCGCCAACAUGGUCAUUUAAGGCAAAAUUCGUUCGCUUCCAUAAAAACGCUAAUAUGGCAGAGCGUGAACGCCUGCUGGAAAGGUUGCGAAUCAACUCUAACCCCGGAAUGAACCAAACUCUCCAGUGGUCAUCCGUCCGACAAGCGUUCGGAGAUCAUCUAGUCUGGAAUGGCAGUCCCUCCAAACGCUCUCGCCGGUAUUUCUAUAUGGAAAACUGUUUGACUGUCCAGCAGGUGGAACCUUCGGGUUCCCUUAAUCAUUGCGGCGGCCCAUACGGCCAUAGGAGGUGGGGCUAG